ACGGUGAGAGCACCGCCGCCGGAGGAGGAGGAUGAGGAGGAGGAGGAGUCUCGGCCGCUCUGUUAGCGGCACCGGGAGGCUCUGAAACACCGGGACUAUUUGUGAGUGACAGCGCACGGAGUAACGACCGCAGCACUUGGACACACUUGUUCACUGAAGCCUCCUUUGCUGGCUCGUGGACGCACGCUCUGAACGCGCACCUGCAGCCGUCGUGUUCCGCGCGAGCACCUGGAUAGCCAGAGGGUCUGUUAUUACGCACGUCCUUAUUUUGUGGAUUUAGGAGACCACUUCACCUGUUCAGCUGUGCCGAGCUCCAGAGCGGCUCAGCCCGGCUCGGCUCACCGGGAUUAAGAUGGCAAGCUGCUAGAAUGGCACGUUUUCAGAUGAAAGAGUGGACGUUCAGAAGAAGACUUUCACAAAAUGGGUAAACUCACAGUUGGCUAAGACAGGGAAACCACCUGUGGAGGAUCUGUUCUCCGACCUGUGUGAUGGACGACGCCUGCUGGAGCUGCUGGAGGGGCUGUCGGGACAUGAGCUGGUGAGGUUGGAGAGAGGAAUCACACGCGUUCACUCGCUCAACAAUGUCAACCGUGCGCUGCAGAUCUUGCAGAAGAACAAUGUUGAAUUGGUGAAUAUCGGAGCGGCAGACAUUGUUGAUGGCAAUCACAAACUGAUACUCGGGCUCAUCUGGAGCAUCAUUCUCCACUGGCAGGUAAAGGAUGUGAUGAAGGAUGUGAUGGCGGGCCUACAGCAGACCAACAGUGAGAAGAUUCUGCUGAGUUGGGUUCGUCAGAACACACGCACGUAUCCUCAGGUCAAUGUGGUUAACUUCUCCAGUAGCUGGAAUGAUGGAUUGGCCUUCAAUGCCCUCAUCCACAGCCACAGGCCUGAGCUUUUUGAUUGGAGCUCGGUGGAGAAGAAGACGUCUGCGAUCGACAGACUGGAACACGCCUUUAAUAAGGCAGAGCAACACCUGGGGAUAGAGAGACUGCUGGACCCUGAGGAUGUGGCCGUGCCUCACCCGGACAAGAAGAGCGUCAUCAUGUACGUGACGUCACUCUUCCAGGUGCUCCCCCAGAGCAUCUCCAUGGAGGCCAUCAAGGAGGUGGAGACGCUGCCUCGAGCGGGCGCGGUCAAUGUCGCCGCCCGGGUGACGACAGAGGAGCACUACCAGAUCCAGACCCAGCAGCGCUUCUCCCAACAGUUCCUAACGCCCAGCCAGGAGGAGCUGCAGCGGGGCCUCAGUCCUCUGCCUCCAGGAUCCACUAGCUUGGAGAGCUACCAGGCUGCACUGGAAGAGGUUCUGACGUGGUUGCUGUCGGCCGAGGACGGACUCCAGGGACAACCUUCAAUCUCCAACAGCGUGGAGGAAGUGAAGGAGCAGUUCCACACACAUGAGGGCUACAUGGUGGAGCUGACCACUCACCAGGGCAGCGUGGGGCGGGUGCUCCGGGCCGGCGCUGCUCUGCUUGGGGAGGGGAACCUGAGUGAGGACGAGGACUCAGAAGUCAGGGAGCAGAUGAACCUCCUGAACUCUCGAUGGGAGCACCUGAGAGUGGCGAGCAUGGAGAGACAGACCAGACUCCACGAGGUCUUGAUGGAGCUGCAGCACCAGCAGCUGCAGCAGCUCACAAACUGGUUGGACGCGACGGAGGCGAGAAUCAAGAGGAUGGGGGCUCAACCGCUGGGUCCAGACCUGGAGGACGUGAAGCACCAAGUGGAGGAGCACAAGCUCUUGCAGGAGGACCUGGAGCUGGAGCAGGUUAGGGUGAACUCUCUGACCCACAUGGUGGUGGUGGUGGACGAGAGCAGCGGGGACAGUGCCACCGCCGCUUUGGAGACCAAACUCCAGGUGCUCGGUGACCGCUGGGCAGCCAUUUGCAGAUGGACAGAGGAGCGCUGGAUUCUGCUGCAGGAGAUUCUGCUGAAAUGGCAGCACUUUACCAAUGAACAGUGUUUGUUUGACUCCUGGCUGACUCAGAAAGAGGAGCUGGUCCGUUCCAUAAAGACGUCUAACCUGAAGGAUCAGGCAGAGAUGGUGGCCUGCCUCCGCCGCCUUGCUGCGGUGAAGGCAGACCUGGAGCUGAAGCGACCCACCAUGGACAAGCUGUGCUCCAUGAGUCAGGACCUGCUGUCCAGCGUCAAGAACAAAGAGGUGGCGAGCAAACUGGAGGCCAGACUGGACAGCUUCGCCCAGCGCUGGGACCGCCUGAUCCAGAGUCUGGAGAUGAGCAGCUCCCAGCUCUCCUCGGCCGUCAGCCUCGCCCAGCAGUCCGAACUGACCCACUCUGUCUCCACCACCGUUACCAAGGUGACGACGAGGGAGAAGGUGUCGGCCCUGCGCCAGACCCGAGAGUCGCCGCCACCGCAGAAGAAGAGACAAGUCGUGGUGGAUUCCGAACUCAGGAAAAGGUUCGACGUGGACUUCACGGAGGUCCACAGCUACAUGACCCGAGGCGAGGCCAUCCUCCAGAGCCCCGAGUUCUCCGUGUCACGAAAGGACGGCAGCAUCCAGGAGCUGUAUGACAAAGUGCAGGCAAUAGAACGAGAGCGACCAGAGAAGUACCGGAAGCUUCAGGAGGCGACGCGCACAGCGCAGACCCUGGUCGAGCAGGAGGGGAGUCGUGCUGAUGACAUUGCCCAGGCAGCGGAGCAGCUGAACCAGCGCUGGGUGGGAUUCUGUGCGCUGUUGGCAGACAGGCUGGCAUGGCUGGCUUACCAGGCGAAGGUAUUGGCUUUCUACAGCUUGUAUGAGCAGUGUGAGCAGGCCGUGGACGCCAGUGAGAACUGGCUCAAAGUGCAGGCGCCUCCAGCGUCUGAGCCGGAGCCGCUCAGAGUGCAGCUGGACCGAUGCCGGGAGGAGGUGGCCCGUCUGGCCGCCCUGCAGCCUCAGGUAGACCUCCUGGAGAAGCGUCUGGAGGAGCUGAAGGAGGCGAAGGAAGGGGAGGAGGACCCGUCGGCCUUCUUGGACGCCGACAUCGUGGCCUUCAAAGAGCACUACCUCAAAGUGCUGGAGGACCUGAGGGAGAGAGAGAGGCAGCUGCAGCUGGUUUUGGAGAGCUUACCCCCGGCUCGAUAUAAAGAUACCAUAUCCACACUGUUGGCAUGGCUGCAGCAGUGCGAGGCCAAGCUAGCCAUCCCAUCCACGGCUGUUACCGACUAUCCUGUUAUGGAACAGAGGCUGAAGGACGUUCAGGAGCUCCAGGUGGCUCUGGAGGACCAUCAGGGCGAGAUGGACUACCUGACCUCCACUGUGGAGCAGGUCUUCUUGAAAGCACCACCAGACAUCUGCCAGAAGUAUCGCACCGAGAUGGACUCCAUCAUGGCACGCUGGAAACGCCUCGGCACCACCCUGACGGACAACGCCCAGAGAAUCCAGGAGCUCAUGGCCAAGCUGAUGCAGUUUGAGAAUGACGUCAAGACUUUGAAGAAGUGGAUGGCGGACGUGGACGUGUUCCUGAACGAGGAGUGGCCGGCGCUGGGAGACUCUGAGGCUCUGGAGAAGCAGCUGGAGCAGUGCACGGCGUUAGUGAACGACAUCCACACCAUCCAGCCCAGCGUCAACGGCAUCAACGAAGUCGGCCUGUACCUGAAAAAAGAGGCGGAACCGCCGUUCGCCGUCUACAUCCAAAAAGAGCUGGACGACCUGAACGCACAGUGGGAGAUGGUCUGCAAACAGGCCUACGCCAAGAAGUCGGCCCUGAAAGGCGGUCUGGAUAAGACCAUGGCUCUGAGGAAGGAGAUGCAGGAGAUGCAGGAGUGGAUCAACCAGGCUGAGGAGGACUACCUGGAGAGAGACUUCACGUACAAGACGCCCGAGGAGCUGCGCAAGGCCGUGGAGGAGCUCAAGAGGGCCCAGGAGGAGGUCCACUCCAAGGAGCUGAAGGUCAAACUCCUGACCGACAGUGUCAACAGCUUCAUCGCCAAGGCCCCGCCGACCGCCCAUGACGCCCUGCGGUCCGAGCUGGACGUUCUGACGGCGAACUAUCAGCGCCUGUGCAGCCGGCUGGAUGGGAAAUGUAAAACUCUGGAGGAGGUGUGGGCGUGCUGGUGUGAGCUGCUCUCCUACCUGGAGCAGGAGAACGCCUUCCUGGACCAGCUGGAGCAGAAGCUGGACGAGACAGAGAACAUGCAGGGAGGGGCGGAGGAGCUGCAGGAGGCUCUGGAUAGUCUGGACGUUCUUCUGCGGCACCCUGAGGACAACAGGAACCAGAUCCGGGAGCUGGCUCAGACUCUGAUGGACGGCGGUGUUCUGGAUGAGCUGAUUCAGCAGAAACUGGACGCCUUCAACACCAGAUGGGACGAACUCUUCGCCAGGGCGGCGCUCAGGCAGAAAGAGCUGGAGAAGAGCGUCCGGUGGGCCCAGGAGAACGACAAGACGCUGAGGGAGAUCCAGGACUCGCUCGCCAACACCGACCGACACCUCACCGCAUACCUGGCUGACCACAUUGAUGCGGUUCAGAUCCCGCAGGAGGCGCAGAAAAUCCAGACAGAGCUGAGCGGCUAUGACACGACACUGGAGGACAUGAGGAAGAAGAACCUGGACAAAGAUCCGUCCAAUAGGAUCGUGGGACAGAUAGACCUCACCCAGAAAAUGCUCACGGAUGUGUGGACAAAGUUCCGCCUCUUCCAGAAGCCCGCGAACUUCGACGCUCGGCUGGCCGAGUGCGAGCGCGUCCUGGCCGGGGUGAAAAGCCAGGUGGGGCUGCUGGAGAUCGGGAGCGUGGAGCAGGACGUGGUGCAGUCGCAGCUGGAGCAGUGCAUGAAGUUGUACAAAUUGCUGAGUGAGGUGAAAGGCGAGGUGGAGACGGUGAUAAAGACGGGGCGACAGAUUGUGCAGAGGCAGCAGACGGAGCAGCCCAAAGAGAUGGACGACAGAGUGACCGCCCUCAAGCUCCUCUACAACCAGCUGGGGUCACAGGUCACAGAGAGUAAGCUGGAGCUGGAGAAAAGCCUGAAGCUGUCGAGGAAGCUGCGUAAGGAGCUGAACGGGCUGACGGAGUGGCUCGCUGCCACGGACGCCGAGCUGACCAGACGCUCCGCUGUGGACGGGAUGCCCAGUGACCUGGAGGCAGAGGUGGCGUGGGCACAGUCGAUCCACGCAGAGACAGAGAAGCGUCAGCCGCAGCUCCAGGCCGUCGUGGACCUCGCCGAGGCCCUCAAGGCCGUGCUGCGGGGCAACGGUGGCCUGGUGGAUGACAAAGUCAGCCUGCUGCACUGCAACUGGAUCGCAGUGACGUCCAGAGCGGAGGAAUGGCUCAACCUGCUGCUGGACUACCAGAGGCAGAUGCAGAAGUUGGAUGGAGAGAUAAAGGAAGUGAACGGAUGGAUCGACGGAGCGGAGAAAAGGAUGGAUGAGAUAGACAGCCAAGGACCGAACGAUGCUGUGAUGAAGGUGCUGCGUGCAGAGCUGGAGCUCACGAAGGGGAAGAUGGAGGAGGUGAGGUCUCUGGCUCAGGAGCUCAUGUCCACCAGAGGGGAGAACUGCCAGGCGCAGGUGGGACCCAAAGUGGAGCGGCUCAACCAGAGAUUCGACACCAUCGCUCAGCGCAUCACGUCUGGACUGACGGCAGCAUCAGCCAAGGAGCUGGAGCAGUACCACAGUGAAGCACAGAUCUGGCUGGAGCUCCUGGAGGAGGAGGUGAAACAGGGUGAAAACCUGAAGGAGGAGGACUUCCAGGAGGACAAGGACUAUGAAGAAGGUGCAGUGAAGGAGCUACUGGUGAAAGGUGAGAAUCUACAGAAGAGAGCGCCAGACCAGGACAAGAGGGAGCUGAUCCGACUGAAACACAAUCAGCUCAACAGCAAGUACACCACCGUCAAGGACCUGCGCGUGCUGAGGAACAGGAAGGCUAUGGCCAUUGCUCCCCAGUGGUACCAGUAUAGGAGGAAGUCACAUGACCUGCUGGCCUGGCUGGAUGACAUCCAACGCAGCGUGGACCAACUGCCCGACCCGCCCGAGGGAGAGACGGUCAAGGAAAUUGGCUCAGAGUUCGACAAGAAGAAGGAGGAGCUUAAGGAGGUGCAGGGCUUAGCCAAUCAGCUCUCAGAGGCUGGAGCCGCCAAUCUGGUGGAGCCCCGCCAGCUCCAUCUCAACAAGCGCUGGGUUGAGGUGGAGGGCAAGUUCAUGCCCUUCAAAAGACAAAGUGAGUACCUCACAGAGCUGCAGGCGUUGCUGCGCUCGGUGUCAGAGACGGACUUCAAGCUGAACUCUCCUGAAUACUGGCCCGCAGCGUUUUAUAACCUGCCUCAGCAAGAGCACUGCCUGAAGGAGGUGAAGGGGAGCAUCGACCAGCUGAGAGGCCCAGUGGAGGGAGCGCUGGCCCGCAGAGAGGAGAUGGUGUCUGCGGCUCGGCCUCUGGAGAGUCAGAGGAUCCAGGAGACGGCCAUGCUUCUCAGCACCAACUGGGACAAGCUGAACAGGCUGCACCAGGACAGAAUGAAGCGUUGGCAGGACUGCAACUCCAAGUGGCAGAAGUUUGUUUCGGAUCAGAAGGAGCUGGAGGGGUGGCUGAAUGAAGCCGAGAGCACUUUGAAACUGGCCGAGAGUGAGCCGGCAGCACACAGACAGCACCUCAGGGACCUGACAGAGGCCAUACCUCUCCAGGAAGUCGUGUUGGCAAGAGUGAACUCUGCGGGAGAGGAGAUCAGCCAGUUAAGCACGCCAGACGACGCCUCGCGGCACCGAACGCAGCUCAAAUUACUCAACACUCGCUGGGCCAACGUCUGUCAGACACUCAAUGAACGCAAGAGGAGGUCCUCUGAGGCGCGUUCAGCUGCAGCAGCUCUGCAGGAGGACAUGGGCUCCAUGCUGGGCUGGUUGGACAAAGCGGAUGGCGUCCUGGCCAUCCCCCUGCAGCCUGCAGAGCCUCAGCACAUCAGAGACACUCUGGGCAAAGUCCAGGCACGUGUGGAGGAGCUGCCUGCCAAGAAGGCGGCGAUGGAUGAUCUGAACUCCAGACAGAAACAGAUAACGCUUCCUGCUGACAGACAGAAAGACAUCAGGAUCAUCAACAGUCGCUGGGCUCAGGUGUCGAGGGAUCUGCCUGAGCGCCAGCUGGAGAUCGAGGGUCUGCUGCGGGAGCUGGAGAAGCUUCAGGGUCAGCUGGACGGCCUGUCGGGCUGGGCGGCCAACACCAGAGCCAAGCUGGAGCAGAGUCCUGAGGAGCCACCACCCAGGCUCAUUGAGGAGGUGCAGGUGAAACAGCCGGAGGUGGAGUUUGUUUUGGAGCGAGCAGAUCAGCUGUACAAGGAGAGUCCACCCAGCCAGCCAGACAAGGUGAAAUACGCCAAACUGAGGGAAGACUGGACCGUGAUCCUGGAGCUGCUGCGGCAGCAUAAGGAGAGGAUGGCUGCCAUGCUAGUCGCCAAAAAAGCCAAUGAAAGCCUUACAGGAAGUUCCCAGCCUGAAUCUGCAGCUUUGGCUCAGUUCAACAAGUCCUGGGCCGAGCUCACUGAUUGGUUGACGAUGCUGGAUAACAUGGUGCAAAACAAGCGUGUGGUGGUGGCCGACCUGGACGACAUCAACGAAAACAUCGGCGGUUUGAAGACGUCCCUGCAGGAGCUAGACCAGCGCCGCCCCCUCUUGGAGAGACAGGUCACGGCAGCCCAGAACCUGAAGAAUAAAACCAGCAACCAGGACACCCGCAACGCCAUCACUGAGCGCAUGGACAGACUUCAGACUCACUGGGAAGACUCCCAGACCAAACUCUCAGACAGGACUAAGCAGCUCCUCAACAUGCUGCAGGACUCCACCGAUUGGCUGGAUGCCAGGAAGGGCGUGGAUCAUCUCAUCAAGCAGGCCAGCGAGAGGCUGGAGUCCUGGCAGGAGAUCACGUACACGGUCGAAGCGCUGAAGAAACAAAACGCUGAACUGAAGCUCUUUGCGAGGGAGCUGCAGCAGUGGCAGGGGCAGGUGGACCAGACCAACGCGAUGGCAGACAAGCUGCUCACGCUGUACGCCAACGACGACACGCACAAAGUCACACAGGUCAACGACAACAUGACUGCUACCUGGACGCACAUCGGCAAACGUAUUUCAGACAGAGAAGCCGCUCUGGAGGCAGCCAUGAAGCUCCUCCAGCAGUUCUACCUGGACCUGGAGAAGUUCCUCAACUGGCUGACGGAGGCCGAGACCACCUGCAACGUCCUGAUCGACGCCACCAACAAGGAGAGACUUCAGGAGCAGCCGGCGGCCAGGAACCUGCUCGCACAGUGGAAGGACCUCCAGGCGGAGAUUGACAGCCACACAGAGCUGUAUCACUCCCUGGAUGAGAACGGGCAGAGGAUUGUGACCUCGCUCGGGGACUCGCAGGAUGGCGCUCUGCUCCAGAGACGUCUGGACAGCAUGGGCCAGCGCUGGAACGACCUUCGCAACAAGACUCUGAGCAUGAGGGCCCUUCUGGACUCGGAGAUGGCCCCAUGGAAGAGGCUCCACAUGUCGCUGCAGGAGCUGCUGAACUGGCUGAGGCUCAAAAGUCAACAGCUGGAGCGGGAGCCGCCUGUAGGGGGCGACGUCCCCGCCGUGCAGACACAGCUGGACACACAUCGGGGCUUCAAAAGGGACUUGAGAGCUAAAGAGCCCGUUGUGACGAAGGCUCUGGACGAUGUCGGACUCUUUCUGUCGGAGCUUCCCCGAGAGACCCCCUCACCUGAGAUGAGAGACAUCAGCCCGGAAGAGCGAGCCCAGAACGUCGGGCGAGUCUUGCGCAAAGAAGCCGACGACGUGACGACGAGGUGGGACCGGCUCCAUGCCGACUCGGCCGCCUGGCAGAAGAGGCUGGAGCUGGCGUUGGAUCGGCUCAUGGAGCUCCAGGAGGCGGAGGACCUGCUGGACGGGCAGCUGAGGCAGGCCGAGAUGGUGAAGGAUGCGUGGGAACCCGUCGGGGACCUGGUGAUCGACUCGCUGCCAGAGCACAUCGAGAGAGUCAAGGAGUUCCAGGAUGAGAUCGCCCCAAUUAAGGAUGACGUCACACACAUGAACCAGUUGGCGUCCACUUUCGGCCCACCGGACAUCCAGCUUUCACCGAACAACCUGGAGCGCAUCGAUGAUCUGAACACACGCUGGAGGCUGCUGCAGAUCUCCAUCACAGAGCAUCUAAAGCAGCUGACAGACGCUCACAGGGACUUCAUCCUUCUGCACGGAUCCGUAGAGAGUCCCUUCGAGCAGGGCAUCUCCCCAAACAACGUGCCCUACUACAUAAACCACCAGACCCAGACAACAUGUUGGGAUCACCCCAAGAUGGCCGAGCUCUACCAGUCUCUGGCGGAUCUCAACAAUGUUCGGUUCUCGGCGUACCGGACAGCCAUGAAGCUCAGACGCCUGCAGAAGGCUCUCUGCUUGGACCUGCUGAGCAUGCCGAUGGCGUGCGAAGUGUUCGAGCAGCACGGCCUGAAGCAGAACGAGCAGCUGCUGGACAUCUCCCAGCUGGUCACCUGUCUGACCAGCAUGUACCAGCGGCUGGAGCAGAGCCACUCGCACCUGGUCAACGUCCCGCUGUGUGUGGACAUGUGCCUCAACUGGCUGCUCAACGUCUACGACACUGGUCGCACUGGAAAGAUCCGGACUCUGUCAUUCAAAACUGGAAUCAUCUCACUCUGCAAGGCUCACCUGGAGGAUAAAUACAGAUUUUUGUUCAGACAAGUCGCCAGCGCCACAGGUUUCUGUGACCAGCGUCGCCUCGGCCUCCUCCUCCACGACUCCAUCCAGAUCCCCAGGCAGCUCGGCGAGGUCGCCUCCUUCGGCGGCUCUAACAUCGAGCCCUCCGUCCGCAGCUGCUUCCAGUUUGCCAACAACAAACCUGAGCUGGAAGCUGCCAUGUUCCUGGACUGGAUGCGUCUGGAGCCUCAGUCCAUGGUGUGGUUACCCGUCCUGCACCGCGUAGCCGCCGCCGAAACCGCCAAACACCAAGCCAAGUGUAACAUCUGCAAAGAGUGUCCCAUCAUCGGGUUCAGAUAUCGGAGCCUGAAACAUUUCAACUAUGACAUUUGCCAAAGCUGCUUCUUCUCCGGUCGCGUCGCCAAGGGACAUAAGAUGCAGUACCCGAUGGUGGAGUACUGCACGCCGACGACAUCAGGGGAGGAUGUCAGGGACUUUGCCAAGGUGCUGAAGAACAAGUUCAGGACCAAGCGCUACUUCGCCAAACACCCGCGCAUGGGCUACCUGCCUGUGCAGACCAUCCUGGAGGGGGACAACAUGGAGACUCCUGUCACUCUGAUCAACUUCUGGCCCGUAGACCAUGCGCCCGGAUCGUCCCCUCAGCUCUCACAUGACGACACACACACUCGGAUCGAGCACUACGCCAACCGGUUAGCAGAAAUGGAGAACCGUAAUGGCUCUUAUCUGAAUGACAGUAUCUCACCCAAUGAAAGCAUCGAUGACGAGCACAUGUUGAUCCAGCACUACUGCCAGUCUCUGAACCAAGGCUCUCCCCUCAGCCAGCCCCGCAGCCCCGCCCAGAUCCUCAUCUCUAUGGAAACGGAGGAGAAGGGAGAGCUGGAGAGGGUCCUCAACGACCUGGAGCAGGAGAACAGGAAGCUACAGUCCGAGUACGACCGACUGAAGAAGGCCCACGACAGGAAGGGCCUGUCGCCGCUGCCGUCGCCCCCGGAGAUGCUCCCGGUAUCGCCACAGAGCGCACGCGAUGCCGAGCUCAUCGCAGAGGCCAAACUGCUGCGGCAGCACAAAGGACGGCUGGAGGCCCGCAUGCAGAUACUGGAGGACCACAACAAACAGCUGGAGUCACAACUGCACAGGCUGAGACAGCUACUGGAGCAGACGGAUUCCAAGGUGAACGGCACAGCUCUGUCCUCUCCCUCCACCUCCUCCCAGCGCUCCGACUCCUCCCUCCCUCUGCUCCGCGUGGCCGCCAGCCAGACUACUGAUACAAUGGGUGAUGACGAGCUGUCCAGCCCUUCCCAAGAUGCAUCAGGGCUGGAGGAAGUGAUGGAGCAGCUCAACAAUUCCUUCCCUCACAGCCAGGGAGGGAGAAGGGGACACCCAUGAGAGGUCCCAGUAUUGGCAGUUUGUUCCACAUGGCCGAUGAUCUGGGCCGCGCCAUGGAGUCACUGGUCAGCGUGAUGACAGACGAGCAGAGCGCCGAACAGCACGAGGCCCUGCCCUUCUGAUCCCGCCUCCCGACACCGACCUUCAAUCUCCCCCCCUCUCCUCCUCCCCUCCCCUACCUGUCGCAUGCUUUUCUAGUCAAAACAACUGGAUCGGAAACACAGUUUACAAAGAGAAUAUAUAACGUCUAUUUUUGUGAAGGAUUGCGGCUCCAGCAACGACGCGUACAAAAAAGAAAACAAAGAAAAACAUUAUAACUUGUAGAUUUGAGUAGUUUCUUAAAACGUCCUGAAGUUGUUUUAUUAUUAACAGAGGCUGGUUUUUAAACUUCUAUGCAAUUGUAUAAAACAAGAGUGGGGACGGGAGGGGGGGUGAAAGAUGAGAAACAAACAAGUGUGUUCAGUGUGGGUGAAUAUUUGCCAUCUCUUUGUAAUCGGGGAAACAGCAAAAGCAUUUCAGACAUUUGUAUCAAAAAAAAAAAAAAAGAAUGAUUGUAAUCAUAAGGGUGCUUUCUAAGAGGAAAUGUCUUUCUAUAACAGCGUACACUACUGUCAAGGUAAUGCAGGCAUCCUGGAUCUUUACAGUACGUUGUCUGUGAGAGUGUGUGUGUGUGUGUGUGUGUGGAUUUCUGUGUGUGUGUGUGUGUGUGUGUGUGUGUGUGUGGUGGUGCCUAAUAUCCACAUGACACUGCAGCGGUUUCUUUAUUUUUCGGCUUAAGCUGACAUCACAUUUGAAUCCUUGGUUUCUCCGCUCAUCCGUCCAUCGGUUUGCUCACUCAUCCGUCACGUUAUUAACAUCUCCAUGGGAGCGGUUUAUAUCCCUGUGUUUUUAUUGGUCAGCACAGCGGACCGUGUGUGUGUGCGCAAACAGGCCUGAUUCAGAACUGAGAGUCAACGAGGUUACUUCAGAACGGAGACACAUAAUGGCGGGUAAUUACACAUGAUUGGCUUGAAACACAUUAGAGUGUGUGUUUAUAUCUUUUAACGUCAUUAUUUAUGAAACAUGUUGGUUAAUUCAUCAAACUAAUGCAUAUAUGUAUUUUUUAAUUGAUUCAAUUUGACUUCAUUUUGGAGCAAAAGGAACGUUUAGUACAAAUACUACAGUUCCCAUAAUGCAACUGUCCAACAGGCUAUUACAGACAUGUCCAAAUCUUUUCAAUUCUAGCUUUUAUUUCCUCACGCAGACGUUUCUUCCAAAAUUUUAAGUUUACAACAUCAAGCUGAGGAAACCCUGACGACAUCACAGUGACAUCAUCGUGGUUAUUUUACCUUAACCUUUGAAAACGUCCCUCCAGAGUCAUCAGAUCCUCAAACUUGACAUAUUAAUGAGUCGCCCUCUUAGUUUGUGAUCCAUUUGAACAAUGUUUCUAAGAGUUACCGUCAUUUAUCUGCAAGUACAGGUUCAAAAAAUGCACUUCAAGAGGAAAGACAUGCAUCAACAUAUUUAUUGCAAACCUUUUUUAUGGUAGGAGAGUAUACAGGGUAACUGCUGUAAAGUAACAACUGCUUGUCUCACCUUUGAACACGGCUCAAAUCAAUAAUGACUGCGGUUAGAGGUGGUCUGCACCUGUAACCACACCCAACAUUGACGUGCACGAGUCUUUUGAUUUCUAUCUUUCAUCCAGAUAUGAAAGGCACAACCUUGAACUGCUUCUCUUUCCCCUAGUGGUGUAUUUUUUUGAUGUUUGGCCCUUUUAUCUUCAGUUCUGCAUCAAGCUUCUGCAGAAUCCCCUAGAAAGAGAGAAGUCCUGAUUAUUGCACUGAGGAUUUGUUUUAAAGCUCCUGUGAGGAACAUUUCGCUGGUUAUGAAACAUGAUGAAACUAUUACUAAUGUCUCUAUAUGAGCUAUAGACGCAAAUUAGACCACCAGGGUUGAAGAAUCCCAGCAAGCAACUUAUUUUACUGUUCAAAGAAGCAGGUUGAGAUUUAAAUGUCCACAAGGGGGCGCCUAAAAACAACACAAACCAAAGUUCCUUACAGGAGCUUUAAAUUUCAUCCAUGUCUGUCCCAGGCCUGUUGAGUCCACACGGUGCACUGCGCUGACUACCGGUCUAUCCUUUAAGUUCUCCACUUUAGCAGUACUGUAAGAGGAACUGAUAAGAAUGUGACUUAAAUACAAUCUGAGCACUACAGAGUGACACGGCUGCUAGAUGAGAUUACUUUUGAUGAAUCCUUCUGUUUGAGCGAUUUGAGCAGAGAAAUAUUUGAGUUCUAGGAGGCCCGGUGAUGUAAGCUCUACCUCGUAUGAAUGGUCCGGAGGCGAUUGCUCUACUGUACUCAAUCCAACACCUUUAUCAGAUUGUUCAUUGAUUACUAUCACUGGCUUAUUCAUGUCAGACACUACUCCGAACAUGUUCUUCUGCACUGUAGGAGCCUCUGAUCUGAAUGUUCGGACGCCUUCAUUUAUCAUCUCUAACAGAGAUUUAUACGAAGCAACAUUUUACACGACUCAAAAGACUCCGUGUGCACUACUGUCAUACCUGGGACUUGCUAGAUCUUUGUUUUCUGUGUGGAGGAUGUUUCUUUUAGCAGAGUGUUACAUUUUGUCCUUGGUUUAAAAGGCUUUUUUUGUUUCGUGCUGUGUGAGGUGUUACAAUAUUAGCAUGUGUGACAACAUGAACGCCAUCUUUAUUUAACAUGUAACCACUCAGAGACGUCUGCGGCGUUCCACACUCGUGUGUUUUUGGCAUCAUAUUCUCUCAGCAUGAGCCAAAAGGGUUUUUUGUUUUCAGACACUGAAUUUAAUUGAUUUUUUUUGUUGUUUUUCAUUUCUAAUAAUUGUUUCAUUCUCACAUCAUUUUUCCAAUAACGCGUCAAUACUUCACAACAUAUCAGAUUCCACCAAAUAUAUGCCUUACUACUGUAUUAUAAAAUGCUUUACUGUAUAUCAAUAAAGCACGCAGUUAUGUUGA